AUGUCAAACCUAUGCUGUCGAUAUUUGGAGUCAGAUUCGCAGUCUGGAACUCGCGCUUUCCAGCGUUUUGCUUGUGGAGUUGGUCACAUGAUAAAUGACAUAGUGCGUCAGUUACUCAUCUCAUUUCGUUUGGUUGUCUUUAUACAAGUGUUUGGCCUUUCUGCGGCUAAUGCAGGCUGGUUGGUGCUGUAUAAUCUUAUCUGCGUCGCUGCAGCUUCAGUAAUCAACGCGUUCUUGAUUGACAAUGUCAAAAUUCCAUUUUUGUCCCCGAAGCUUGGAAGAAGGAAGUCUUGGCAUUUAAUUGGUACUGUGAUUUCAACAUUGGUUGUCCCAUUGUACUUUAGUCCUUGUUUCUUUUGCAAAAGUGAUCGUGGACAAUUGCAAAUGAUGAUAUACUUAGCAGCCCUUACUACACUCUUGUCAUUUUCGUUCAGCUUGGUUGAAAUUGGUCAUCUUUCGAUCAUUCCGGCAAUCGCCAAAGAUCAUAGUGAAGCGGCGGAAUUAAACGCGUGGAGGUAUUUUAAUUUUAGUUUCGAAAAUCAGGGGAAGUGAAGCUUAUUAUAUUAGCAUUUUAAAUCUCAACACUUGUCUCAUGCACAACAGUACCUGACAUAUUGCGCGCAGUGGAUUUUCAUUGUACGUAAUGUAUAGGGCGCAGACUUGCAGUAUCCUGGGCCGCAGGCGAAACUAGGUCUUCCUGUGCAUCGCCAAGGUUGCCUUGCCAACCAAAAUUAACGAUGUUGCAUUAUGGUGUCAUGUUCUUUGGUUUUAACCAACGAUGAGUAAAACUGUAAGAAAAGGAAAGGAAAAAAAAGAAAAACUGUAAGAAUCUGGUUGCUGUAACAAAAUUAAAGAACGUCGUAGCGCAAAUAUCCUUAACUAAUGAUUUAUUUUCAAUUCAAUUUUUAUUUCAUGUUUUUGUUUUUGUUUUUUGUUUUUUGUUUCUGUUUUUUUCUCUCAAACGACUUUUUUUUCCUUCUUGAGCGGCAUUAUCACCUUUAUUGUUGCCUGGCUAAUAUUUGGACAAGACAGCAAUGACCAUCUCUCGGCGGAGAGCUCUAUGGAUUUUACGGUAAUUAAGAACGGGUAUUAAGAUAUCGAUAUGAGAUUUAACACUGCCGUUACAGGUAAGGCCGAAAUAACAUCGUUUGUGUUAGUCCACAGGUUAUGACUAUAAUUUUGACGGGAAUAGGCCUGCUGUUUGCUGUGAUAUUCCACGGUGCAACAAAGGAGCCUUUCGAAGAAAGUGAUGAACACUUUUCGAAAAAGAAGCAGGUAAGCUAGCUUUAAAAGCUAGGAAAAAAUCAUUUCAUUUCAGUAAUGCGUCUUUGACUAGAGAAAAGUGCAGUUGCAUUAUCGAAUCUCGGACACCCAGUGCAUUAGGUUUGCAACGUAACUUUAUUGAGCUUAAGACGGAAUCCAUCCGGAAAUUGAAUAAUUUUAGUUUUCAGUGGACAAACACCUUGUAUCAGAAUAAUUCCAUCAUCAUCGCAUCCUUUUUUCACAUUUUUCAAGUGCUAUAGAUGUAAUUAGUUAUGUGUAAUAACAACAAAGAAAAUUUCUUAUGGGAGCCCAAGAAAAUAAAUGCCAAAUUUCACAAGAAUUGUGAAAAUAAUGUAAAGUUCUGAAAUUUCGUGUGCAAGAUGUCAUUUUGCGAAGUUUGACAUUUAUUUUCUCGGGCUCCAAUAAGAAAUUUUCUUUGGUGUUAUUACAGAUAACUAAUUACCUAAUAUAUAGCCCCUGAAAAAUGUAAAAAAAAAUGCAAUAUUCUUUACAAAUCAUUCUGCUUUUCAGCUGAAAAUUAAAGUUACUCAAUUUCCUGGUGGAUUCCGUCUUAAACUGGAGAACGGUCAAUUUGGUGCAUGUGGAGACCAUACUACUGACUGAUAUAAAGCCAUACAAAACUGGAGGGCGUGGCUCUAAUCAGAUAGAACUGUGUUAGCCUGCCAGUUGACUGAUGGAAGAAUCUUGUAAAGGCAAAAACAUUAAGUCACAUCAAAUCAUUAAAUCAAUUCAUCUUGAGAGAGAAAGCUGAAAUUGCAUCUCAAUACAUUGAGGGGAAACAUCGGAAGAAAAUUAAUUUGACGUUUAUUGGUGAAUUUUUUUCUCUCCAAAACAGAACAAGACAUCUUUCAUUCCACCGCAUGCUCUUGUAAGGGCGAUGACGUUUCAAGGAACAGGUACGCCUUAUAAUCGAUAAAAUGAAGCUUCAAGUUAAUCAUUUUUAAACUUCAACACCAUCUGGCAUUUAAAUCCUGAAGAGCAAACUACUAGCGCGAGGAAGGAUGUCAUAGCAGAAACCAGUUUGGUAAUUAUAGCUUGUAGUACAAGAUGUUUCAAAGUGUUGUACGAUAUUAGGAGCUGAUUACUCCUGACGAUAUUUCGACUUUAGUAGAAGUCAUAGCCAUCUUAGGGGCCCACCAUUUAGGCUUAUAAUCCUUAUGAUCCAAAAAUCAAAUGGUCGGCCCCCUCAAGCUUCUUUUCUUAGUAACCUCUGUACUCUUUAAUUUAGGGUCAGUAAAUUGCAUGUGAUAGGCUGAGUGAACAUUGUCGAGAGACCUGGUCUGGCUUGUACAUAUUUAGGACUUGCAUGUUGUUGGCAUUUUUUAAAAAAUAUAUAAACAACUCGAUCGAUGCCUACUUUGAAAACUUGGUGCCUGCCAAAUUUAACUUCCUUAAACCGUUACCUUAUUUAAUUUUCUUUUCAUUUCCUUAGAAUUGUGUCCUCAAGAGCAAAGAAUGCAUGACGCGUUCAUGGAUAGUCUGAAUGCGAAGGGCAAGGAAGAAACAAAGAUAGAAGAGAUAGGACAGGCGAGAAAGCAAAUGUUUCUAAGGCGAUUUGUGGAAGCCCUGUUCUCUUUUAAUGGAAACGAUGACAACAUAGCUGGAAAAGAACUAACUUUUGACAACAUCGGCGCGAAGGAAUCAGCGUCCAAGGGUGAGGAGGAAAUGUUAAGAGAGGUCAGAACGUUGCCCAAUGAACGAAAAAUUAGUGUUCUCAACAGUAUUUUGUGGGGAGUGAUAGGAGUGGACCCUGCGGAUAUAGCUGUUGAAAAUGAAGAUGAAGAGUCUAGGAUCUCUAAAGACAUUAACAGCUCUCAAGGAACCAACUACACAGCAUCAGAGAACAAAUUGGGUGUUGCUGAAGUUUCAAAUAAAGGACACAGCAUUCAGCUAGAGCGAUGCAAAAUAGAAACAACAGAAGAAAAAAUACAGACUAUCUGUUCAACUUCCUCUAAGCACCACACAUGUGACCUGGGAUCUGCUCCACAGGUCACACCAAAACCUGAGACAACACGAGCCUGGCUUAAAGAUCCACAUCUUUAUAAGGUAAUUUAGGGCUCAAAGAUUUUACCCCAGUUGUUUCAUUAUAGACGUGAACUACUUCUUUUCUUAAUAUUAAUUUUCUUUUUCUGUUUUCAUAGGUGGCCAUCAUCUUCACCUGCACAAUGAAUGUAAUGAGCCUUUCAUAUAGCUAUCUGCCACUGUAUCUCAUUUACAGAGUUCAGUUUCAAAAGGUAACGCAUAGGUACACAAAGGUAUCCUGUUAGCUAUUUAACUAAUUAAUAAGUCACGUGACCCUUUUCUCUUUAUUUACCGAUUCCUAUAUAACAUAAACACACAUACAAGGCGAAUUUAUAAGAACCUUUUUAAUAGCCUCGGAAAUGUACCUAAAAGAACUUGUUGCUCUUUCAUUACCCUUUCCCCAUUUUAGAGUAAAUAUUUUGACCGUUAAUUCUCAAUUAUCAGUCACGUGACGAAAACUUGAGCUUCUAAAAUGCACUCAUAUUGCUAAGGCCAUUAAGCUACAUUUUAUAUUUGUAGUUCAAUUUUCAGGAUCAUUGAUAGAAGCAAACCGUUCUAAAUAGCAUUUUAUCAAAAUAUGCGUAUUUAAUUAGAUAGUCAUGCCCUAAGUGGCCUGAGAUUAGAUUCUCAUACAAACACUGUUAGUAAUUUCUCACGUUUGCCUACUCGUCAAGAUGGCGUGGAAAACCGUGACAAGGUCUAUUUAUAUGCCUCGUUACUUGCUAACGAGUCUCAAUUGGAGAAUGAUUUUUAAAUAAUAAUUGUACAAUAUUGAACAAUUUGUUUUUCCUUGCACAGGAAGCCAUUGCUUAUUUUCCCCUUAUAAUGUUAAUAAGUGCAGCUGUAUCCUCGGGAAUGUCAAAGAAACUUGAGGGAGUAGCAGGAUCCAAGGUACUAAUCAUUAAGAAUAUGUAACGUAGGUAAACCAGGUUUCGUUUACCCCCAUUAUAACCUCAGUUGCAUUUAAAUCAAAAAUAUACAGUGAUUUCGAUUUUGGUUGGUUUCGUUUACCCCCAUUUUAACCUCCAUUGCAUUUAAAUCAAAAAUAUAUAGUGAUUUCGAUUUUGAUUAAACGGCAACAGGGCUAUUAAUCCUCAUUUAGUGGUCAUUAAUGGAGUUUCAGAUAUGUGGGAGAGUUGGGGUACAGCUCUAAACUUCACAAUCGAAAGGCGUGAGUAUGUGUACAUAGCUGGGAUCCGGAGUUUCUAAACAGCGUCGAGUUCAACUCUCUCAUCACGACUUCCCGUUGAUAACAAACUCUUUUAGUCCCCUACCAGCCUACGUUUUUCAUUAACCUGGCUUAUUUCUUCUGCCAUUUUUAUGGCAGGAUGAUAAGCAUGAUUUAUUUUAAAUCGACAAUCACAUUUUCUUAAUCAGCGUUGCUUCACCUUGGCUGCCUUUAUCGUGAUGGGGGCGGACGUGUGGUUUUAUUUCAUCACCAAGUCCAACAGAGUAAUGACCUAUCCGGCCACUGCGUUACUGGGUUUUGGAUUCUCCGCCAUGCUCGUGAAUGCGCUUAGCUUCGCAGCAGAGCUAAUAGGAGAAAACAAAGUAAGCUCAAUAAAAUGUGAUGAUUGAUAUACAGAGUGCUCUUAGUAGUAUAGUAAGGGUGAAGUUAAUCAUUUUGUGGUGGAAUCUCAUCAACGGCGAUGAAUAUUUUGGUUUUUGAAUGGUUGAUUAGGCCAUAUCUCUUUUUUUUUUUCAUUCAGCGUCGAAUGCGUUUCCUGAUAUUGGGUCGGUCGGAUUGAAAAAAAAAAAUACCUAAAAAAAAAUCACAAGAAGACUCGGAAUAGGUGGCCCUGGUACCCCAGGAUGACGUUAAAAUUUAACAUUUACAUAUUUCGAUUAACAAAAUGCACCAUAUACUGUAAAAAAAUGUUCCUUUUUUGUUCCUGUUUUUCUAUAUGUUCUUACUAUGCUCAUUUUACAGAUUAAAAUAAUUAUUUCAAGCGAAAAAUGGUUUAACAACGUCGUUACUUUUUUUUUUCUUUUUAAAAAAUUUGAGUGGGUCUGACGACGGUAAAAGGAGAUAAAAAAGAGGAUGGGCCUAUAAAAACAAAAAAAAAACUAUUCAUACUAGGUUGAUUCAUGUUGUCGUAGAAGGAAGCGCUAACUCGUUUGUGACGUAGAAUCACUGAGCCCUAACUUAAUUAUGCAAGUUGUAUUUCUUGCCGCUUACAUUGUCCAUUUCAACGACCAUUUUUUUUUUCUGUUCCACUUCUCUGAUUCUUUUUACGGCAUUAAUCAUGAUUAUUUAUUAGUUGUUCUUUUUCCUCCCUCCUCCUCCCCCUCUUCAUUUCCUUUCGGUUUUCCCUAUUACCUGCUACACAAAUAGUAAGAUUAUACAGAAGAUCGAGACAAGUGAAAGCCCCAGGCUACAAGGCCCAAAUCAGGGGGGAAAAAAGCCAAAAGCAGGUCAAAAAUUGAAAACGUCAUGCGGGCCGCGAACCGUUCCAAUUCAUUUCGUCUAACACCUAACUUUGUUUACAUAAGAAAAAGAUGUGGGAGGAGAUCAAGAGGAUAAGAAGGACUCAGGGAGGAGCUGGAAAACAAUAGAAAGCUUCAGCAGUUUUCUUAGGCAGUGCGAAACCAUUAGAUACUGUGGAAUGGAUACUUUCGUACAGAAUUACCCUGAUUUAGUUUUGUUCGGGCCUUAACCCGAUGUGUGAGAUCGUCACGAGACUAAAAUUGUAAUGAAAUGAAAGCAAACAAUAAAGCAUUGGUAAAGAUGAGCGCCAUUCUGUUACUAAAAAGGCAUAAUGUCUUACUAAGAUUUUUUUGCUGAUGCAGAGCUAAAUUUCUUUCAUUUUAGAGCACUUGUGGCGUUGUAUAUGCUUGUAUGAGUUUGAUGUCAUAUCUAACGAACGGCACAUUGAUGACUACGAUACAGAAUUUGUUUCCUGAAGGAAGGUAAUUGUUUGUUUAGCUUAAACAACAGUGGUUUCAAGAAAUCAGCUAGCUCUUUACGUGUAGUUUUAGUCCCGGAGGUUGGAAAUCAUAUGAGAGAUACACAGCAAGUCCGACACUCGGACAUUAGUCCACCACCACCUGACCAGCACAGGCCGUCCCGAUGUUGGUAUCCGAAUGUGUCAUUUGCUUUCCAGCGCUCCGUCGUGAGGUUCCCAGCACAACAGCUCCCAAAUGUGUGAACACAAAGACAAAUUUUAAUUGUAAUCAGCUCCCAAAUGUGUUGAGUGGAGCUGGUGCUGAAAUAAGUGCCUUCGCGUAAAGUACAGGGCACCUAAUCACGACCUUUUGAGGUCGAACAGACCAUAAGCAGCUGCUGGUAAAAAAAAAAAAAUUGAGGAAGAGACAGAUCUCCAUGGAUGUCACUUCGUGAGUGAUAUGGCUGUUUUCACGCGUAAAGGCUGGCUUUCACUUGCGACAGAGUCGGAAUCGGAAUCGUAAGAGCGCUUAUGACCUUGUGAAACUCAAAAAUCGUAGUCGUAAGCGGAGUCAUAAGCUCGACGGAAUCGGAGUCGGAAAAAUCAGAACGUUUCCAUUUUCUUGCUACUCUGCUUAUUACCCCGUUGCUUCGUUCCGCUUAUGAUCUAGUGAAAACCAAAUUGUCGGAGUCGGAAGCAGAAGCGGAAGGAUAAGCCAAUCACAAUGCUCGUUAAAACGCUUUGUGAUCGGUUUAGUUCUUCCGCUUCUGCUUGCGACUCCGACGACCCAGUUUUCACUUGAUCGUAAACGACGGAGUGGUAAGCUUAAUAACAACGCUGUUUCACUAAGUCGCAUAGUUCCUCACGCUUCUGUUUACGACUCCGUCGCUGGCGAAAACCAGCCUUAAGGAACUGGUAAAGCAGUGGGGUUGGUAUACGGGUGCUCUGCUUAAGCUAUGAUUUCUCAAAACAGCAAAUGUGAAUUGUGCCAAGGUCUUGGUUUUGGAAAAUAUAUUCUAUAAAUGUAUUUUGCCAAAAGAAUUGGUUUGAUUUCCAGGAUUGAGACGUAGUAAUUUUCAUUCCCUUUGCAGUAACAAUGAGGACUGUGAAGAGUGUGGAGAUUACGUUCGUCGCGUGUUUUCAUUCGUGCCAGGCUCUCUCGCUGCUCUCAGCUUGCUGAUUGUUCUGCUGUUUCCUGCUUCAAAAAAGAUUUUCAAGACAAAAGGUGACAGAGGUUCAUUUUAUUUAACAGGCUAUUUUUGAGUUGCCUCAAGCCUUUGUUUCAAAGCGAAACCAGGUGCGAAGCCAUUGAUAUGAAAAUGAUAAUAUAUUCUCAUGCAAAUAAAACUCAUUUUCACAACAAAGGUUUUACACUUAGCCUCGUUUUGAAAAGUGAGAGUUUUUGGAACUCGGAAUUGUCCUAUUUUGCCCGUUCGCUUGUAUAGAUUUUAUUAUUUGUCGCUGUAGAAGAGUGUUUAUCCUGAGUUCUUAUUUACAUGGCUGCAAUCAGUGGGAGAGAGUCAGCACAUGUUACUAAAUUCAACUCAAUUACAUUUGGAAGAGGGAGAAUUCUUACACCAGAAAGCUCCUGGUAAGAAUCGAACUCAUGAUCAGGACCCUCCGAGUUCUAGUUUGGAUUGGUACUUUUUCGAUGUAAAGUUACAGUACAAGCUACAGUAUCUUUAUAUUAUACCCUUGGCAGCCUUUAAAAAAAUUGAAAUGAAUCAACAAUUAGACAGCAAAGAGUUUCACUUUUGCUUUAAAAUCCUUGAAAAAAAAAAACAUGAAAAACAGUGAAGUCGAUAUGAGGGUGACCUGUAAAGCUGCUAGUUGUGUAGGCUCCAAUAAGAAAAAAAAGACAACAAAAAGAGUUCAGAAAUUUUACUGAAAACAAGGACACUGUUCUCAGUCUUCUAGAUAAUGAGCUUAUAUUGUGAUCAUUGUCUUUAUUUUUCCAGAUUCCCAAACGGAUGCUAGAAUGAAUUGCAGCAAAGACAAUGACGCCUUUAGUAUAGAAUAA